AUGUUGUCACCGUUCUAUACUCAUGUUCUUUUAAUAAUUUCGUGUGUAAUAUUUUUAUUUUCGGCUUUUUCUUUUAUCAAACGUAUUCAAAUUCAUCCUAAUUUAAUUCAAUCAACUACAACUAUAUUAGUUUACAAUAAUUAUGAUUCUCAAAAUCAACUUACUUCGUCUAUUACAAUUAAUAAUACAAAGCAUUUAGAUACAUCACAUGAACAAAUAAAUGAAAGAUUACUUCGUGAAAAAGUUCUUGCAUCGAAUAAAGGAAAUACUUCAAUAUUGGAUCGUUUAACAUUUGUUAAUCCACCAAAAACAAUUUGUAUUUAUCCAAAAGAUGGACAUGAGUUCGUGAUUUUUAUUGUUCUUUCACGUGCACUUAAUUUUGAUUUUCGUCAAGCAAUUCGUGCUACAUGGGGUCGUAAUGGAAAGUAUACAAAAUAUAAUAUUCAUUUGCGAACUAUAUUUUUUGUUGGAACUGAUGAUAGUGUUCAAUCGGCUAUACGACUUGAACAAGCAUUAUUUAAUGAUGUUGUUGAAACUGUUAUACCAGAAAAUUAUCCAUUCGUCGCUCAUAAAGAAUUAGCAUCUUUAUUCUGGACUCGUCUUUAUUGUCCAUUAGUUCGUCUUAUAUUUCGUGCUGAUGAUGACAUAUUAUUGGAUACCUUUUUAUUAUUCGGUUAUAUAAAAAAUGAUUUAAAUAUGAAUACUCAAGAUGGUUUGUAUGGAUGGUUUCGUUUUAAUAAUACAGUUCAUCGUGCAGAUAAAUGGGCUGUAACAAAAACUGAAUAUAAACCAACAAUAUAUCCUCCAUAUACAUUUGGUAUAGGUUAUCUAUUAUCGAAUACUUCAUGUCAACGUUUAAUAAAUGUAGCUAAUCAUCCUAAUCAUCAAGUAAUACGUAUAGGUGAUGCUUAUAUAACUGGUAUUUUACGUGAUUUAGCAGGAGUACCAUUUUAUGAGUUUCCACAAUUUGAAUAUGCUUAUACAUUUUUCAAUCAAAUUUCAUGUGAUUUAUUUUUUGAAGAUAAUCCUCGUUUAUUAAUAUGUAUGUCCAACUUACAUAUUGGAAUACGUGAUGAUCCAUUAGAAUUCUAUGAUAUUUGGAAUAUUAUUUUAACUAGACAUAAUACAUCAUUAUCAAAAGCAACUUGA